GAGCGCGUGAGGCUCCGGGGUCGCUGCGGCGAUUGGCCGGCCGCGGCGCCCGCUCCCAUAAUGCAGCGCAUGGCGCGUCAUUGAAGAGAGACCAUGAUGGCGGCGGCGCUUGGGCCCCCAGAAGUGAUCGCUCAGCUGGAGAACGCGGCCAAAGUUCUGAUGAUGGGGAAACUGAGGUUCAAAGAGGUAGAAGUGACUUGCCGAAGGCACCACCUUCCAUGGUUAAUAAUGAACAACGCCAGCAUGCAGAGCACAUAUUCUUAUCAUUUAGGAAAUCAAAAUCACCAUUUGCAGUUUGCAAGCAUAUUUUGGAAACAAGUAAAGUGGACUAUGUCCUCUUUCAAGCUGCCACAGCCAUAAUGGAAGCAGUUGUCCGAGAGUGGAUUCUCUUGGAAAAAGGUAGCAUCGAGUCACUGCGAACAUUCCUUUUAACCUAUGUCUUACAAAGGCCUAACCUCCAAAAGUAUGUUCGGGAACAGAUUCUAUUAGCAGUAGCAGUAAUUGUAAAACGAGGAUCCUUAGAUAAAUCAAUUGACUGCAAAAGCAUUUUUCACGAAGUCAGCCAGUUGAUAAGUAGUGGCAAUCCCACUGUGCAAACUCUGGCCUGUUCCAUUCUAACUGCACUAUUGAGUGAAUUCUCAAGUUCAAGUAAAACUAGCAACAUUGGACUCAGUAUGGAAUUCCAUGGUAACUGCAAAAGAGUUUUUCAGGAAGAAGACCUUCGUCAAAUCUUCAUGUUAACGGUUGAAGUUCUUCAGGAGUUCAGCAGGCGGGAAAACCUCAAUGCUCAGAUGUCUUCGGUAUUUCAGCGUUACCUUGCACUCGCCAAUCAAGUCUUGAGCUGGAACUUUCUUCCUCCAAAUUUGGGCAGACAUUAUAUAGCUAUGUUUGAAUCCUCACAAAAUGUGCUGUUAAAGCCAACAGAGUCCUGGCGGGAGACUCUUCUGGAUAGCAGAGUUAUGGAGCUGUUCUUCACAGUACAUCGAAAAAUCAGAGAAGAUUCAGAUAUGGCACAAGAUUCUCUUCAGUGCCUUGCCCAGUUAGCUUCUCUUCAUGGACCCAUCUUCCCCGAUGAAGGAUCACAAGUUGAUUAUCUAGCACACUUCAUUGAGGGAUUACUGAAUACUAUCAAUGGAAUUGAAAUAGAAGAUUCUGAAGCUGUGGGAAUCUCCAGCAUUAUCAGCAACCUGAUAACUGUGUUCCCUCGAAAUGUUUUAACUGCCAUUCCAAAUGAACUUUUCUCGUCCUUUGUUAACUGCCUCACACACCUCACUUGUUCUUUUGGGCGAAGUGCUGCAUUGGAAGAAGUGCUUGAUAAAGAUGACAUGGUAUACAUGGAAGCAUAUGACAAAUUGCUAGAAUCCUGGCUAACUUUGGUUCAAGACGACAAACAUUUCCAUAAAGGCUUUUUUACCCAACACGCAGUUCAAGUUUUCAAUUCCUAUAUUCAGUGCCACCUCGCUGCUCCAGAUGGCACAAGAAAUUUGACUGCCAAUGGUGUGGCCUCUCGUGAGGAAGAAGAAAUAAGUGAACUUCAAGAGGAUGACCGAGACCAGUUUUCAGAUCAACUAGCCAGUGUAGGAAUGCUAGGAAGAAUUGCUGCAGAACACUGUAUACCUCUUCUGACAAGUUUAUUAGAAGAAAGAGUAACAAGGCUCCAUGGUCAGUUACAGCAACAUCAACAGCAAUUACUUGCUUCACCUGGUUCAAGCACUAUUGACAACAAAAUGCUUGAUGAUCUGUAUGAAGAUAUUCACUGGCUUAUUUUAGUUACAGGCUACCUCUUAGCUGAUGAUACUCAGGGAGAGACUCCGCUAAUACCUCCAGAAAUAAUGGAAUAUUCCAUUAAGCAUUCAUCUGAAGUUGACAUUAAUACAACACUUCAAAUUUUGGGAUCUCCAGGAGAAAAGGCUUCUUCCAUCCCAGGGUACAACAGAACAGAUUCUGUGAUUAGGUUGUUAUCUGCCGUUCUAAGAGUUUCAGAAGUUGAAUCUCGAGCAAUAAGAGCAGAUCUCACUCAUCUACUAAGCCCUCAAAUGGGCAAAGAUAUUGUUUGGUUUCUAAAACGCUGGGCAAAGACUUAUCUCCUGGUGGAUGAGAAACUAUAUGAUCAGAUAAGUCUACCAUUCAGUACAGCAUUUGGAGCAGAUACAGAAGGUUCUCAGUGGAUUAUUGGCUACCUCUUACAAAAGGUCAUCAGUAACCUCUCAGUGUGGAGUAGUGAGCAGGACCUUGCAAAUGACACUGUGCAGCUCCUUGUCACUUUGGUGGAAAGAAGAGAAAGGGCAAACUUAGUUAUUCAGUGUGAAAACUGGUGGAACUUAGCUAAGCAGUUUGCAAGCCGAAGCCCACCUCUGAAUUUCUUGUCAAGUCCUGUGCAGAGGACACUGAUGAAGGCUCUUGUCUUAGGAGGUUUUGCACAUAUGGACACAGAAACCAAGCAGCAGUAUUGGACGGAGGUUCUUCAGCCACUUCAGCAGCGAUUCUUAAGAGUGAUAAAUCAAGAAAACUUCCAGCAGAUGUGUCAGCAAGAGGAAGUCAAACAGGAAAUCACUGCCACACUGGAGGCCCUGUGUGGCAUUGCUGAGGCUACCCAGAUUGACAAUGUAGCAAUUCUUUUUAAUUUUUUGAUGGACUUCCUUACCAAUUGUAUUGGAUUGAUGGAAGUUUACAAAAAUACACCAGAAACUGUCAAUCUCAUAAUAGAAGUUUUUGUUGAAGUUGCACAUAAACAGAUAUGCUAUCUUGGAGAGUCCAAAGCAAUGAACCUAUAUGAAGCCUGCCUUACUUUGCUGCAAGUAUAUUCUAAGAAUAAUUUAGGGCGGCAAAGAAUAGAUGUUACAGCUGAGGAAGAGCAAUACCAAGACCUGCUUCUCAUUAUGGAACUUCUUACUAACCUUCUCUCAAAAGAAUUCAUAGAUUUCAGUGAUACAGAUGAAGUGUUCAGAGGACAUGAGCCAGGGCAAGCAGCAAACAGGUCUGUGUCCGCAGCUGAUGUGGUUUUAUAUGGAGUGAACCUAAUUCUGCCCCUGAUGUCACAAGAUCUUUUGAAGUUUCCAACCCUUUGUAAUCAGUACUACAAAUUAAUUACAUUUAUCUGUGAGAUUUUUCCUGAAAAAAUACCACAGCUUCCUGAAGAUCUUUUUAAAAGUCUGAUGUACUCUCUAGAACUAGGAAUGACAUCAAUGAGUUCGGAAGUUUGCCAGCUUUGCCUGGAAGCUUUGACACCAUUAGCUGAACAGUGUGCUAAAGCACAAGAAACAGAUUCACCACUUUUUCUAGCAACACGGCACUUUCUUAAGCUGGUUUUUGAUAUGCUGGUUUUGCAAAAGCACAACACAGAGAUGACCACUGCAGCAGGUGAAGCUUUCUACACGUUGGUGUGUUUGCAUCAGGCUGAAUAUUCUGAAUUGGUUGAAACAUUACUGUCAAGUCAACAAGACCCAGUUAUUUACCAGAGAUUAGCAGAUGCCUUCAACAAGCUCACUGCAAGCAGCACUCCUCCUACUCUGGAUCGGAAGCAGAAGAUGGCCUUCCUAAAGAGUUUAGAAGAAUUUAUGGCAAAUGUUGGUGGUCUCCUUUGUGUAAAAUAAAUAACAAAACUUUAUGCUUAAUUUAGAUCCUUUCUGCAAAGUGCACUGAAUUGCUAAAAGCUGACUUGAGUCUUGUCCUGUUCUUCAGUUCUUUGGCCAUUUUGGAUAUCGGAGAGCCUGAAAGUCUAACGUGUAAUGCAGUGAAACAGGAGAGGUCACCUUUGAAUCAGCUUCUGCUGUUGGGUGUUAGCCACAAUCUGUCAUCUAUGUCUUGUAGAUUCUGAAUGGUGAUUUAAGAUUUUCAAUUCCAUAUAUGUGCAAACAGAUAUGGGCACCAUGAAAUGCAUAUUCAGUGCCUUUCCCCCUUUAUCAAAUCGCUAGGUGGCUAGCCAAAGUUUAGAAUUUUUGUUAAAUUAAAUAUUAGAUGGACAUAUACUCAGCAUUGUUUCUCAGAAUGUUGUCCACAGAUCACCUGCAUCACUCGAGGGGCUGGUUGAAAAGAUAGAUUCUUGGGCCUGAGUAUAGAUGCUCAGAGUCAGAAUUUCUAUGUGUUGGGCCUUGGAGUCUUCAUUUUAAUAAGCUCUUCCCCUCUGCCACCUCAAAAGUUUUGAAUCAAUGCAAAAGACAUUGGACACUCCUAAGAGGUUUUGUGCUUUCAAACUUUUCCUCCCUUUGUUGAUUGAUCAGGUUUGUAAUUCAGCAGGAGGAAGGAAUGCCAGGUGUUUGUUGGACUCUUGUAGCACGUGCUCUCGCUCUUUCUUUUUUUGUAACAUCAGCCUGGUGUUGCAGGUUUUGUGUAAUACAGGUCUCUAAUCAUACUCUGAUGACUGAACUUGAGGAAAAUACGUGUAUAUUUUUGUUCCAUAAAAAGAACUUUAGGAACUGUAGCCAUUUCAUUGCCUUAAUUUUAACAAGAAAAUACAAAAAAAAGAGCAGAUUUGUUUUAGUAAGAAAUCAAGUCUUGAUGCUUCAGAGUUGGUUUAGGGUGUUAGCUGCUAUGAACCUGGUGCCCUUUUGAUUGUGUAUUUAUGUGGGUUUAUGAAUGAAAUGAAAGGCUCAUUCAUAUAUAGUCUAAUUUGAGUAUGUUUCUCUUCAGCCAUGUGGCCCAUGGCUAAUAAUCUACUCUGAAUGGCUUGCUUAAGCAAUAACUAUCUUAAAGGAUGUGAAUUACUGAUUCAUACAGACUAUUAUACAUUGGGGCAUUAGGGGCAAUAAUUAAUGCUAGAGUGAACGUUCUCCUCAUUUCACAGGAGCCAUGUAAAUUUAAUUUAAGAGAUUAAAAAAUUCCUAUUUAGAUCCUCUAGUUUGAUUUUUCUAAUCAGGACUUUUGUACUGCUGCCAUCAACCCCUUAAUUCUGUGUACCAGUUUAAAUUAUGGAAAUGAAAGCUAAUUUAUAAACUGUAGGCAUAUGAAACUCUGCCCACCGCAAUGUCAGAAAUCCCAUGGCACAGUGACGGAGACUCUGGUGCAGGCACACUCUGUGCUUCCAAGGGAUGGGCUUUCUCCUUCUGCUGUGUUCUUGACACCUAUACACUCAACUAUCCUUCAAAUGUAGUGUUCAUAUAGGAAUUGCAUAUGGUAUAUGCACCUCCAGACAUAACGCUGUGCAAAACCUGGUAUAACUUUGUGCUCCUAACAGUUACAGUUCACCAAACUGGAGCAUCUAGAUUACAUCCCACCUGUGCAUGUGAUGUUACACACAAGUGAAUGCAAAGCCGAGGGCCAUAGCUUUUUGAGGAACAUUACUCUUAAUUCGAUCACUGUUGAGUAACAGCUGAGGUGGAGCAAAAACAUCUUAAAAGACAGCCGGGAAAAAGCUGCUGCUGCUCUUCAUGACAUAUACGUAGUGUAUGUUUAAAGACACUUCGAACAAGUGCAUUUAUUUUUAGAUCUCUUCUUCUUCGCCCUUAACUUGUAGUCUGCUGUGGCAUUGUUCUUGGUGUUUUGUUUCCCGGCUCUCUCACCCUUCCUCAGUAUCUGUGAGCUGUGCAUAUCUGUAUGUUCAGUACGUAGAGUCCCUUUGCCAAAGGACGCUAAAAGUACGCAACUGCUGGCCAGGACAAAACUAUAAUCAGAUUGUUAAAAAUGAAGGGGAGUAGGAAAGAAAUGCCUUGGUAAAUAAAAAGGCAUCAGUAUUUAGUAACUUUUCUCUAGACAUAAAUUUCUGCUGAAUUGGCCCAAAUGUCAUUACACUAUGCAAUUUCAUUAGGUCAGUUUCAAUUAAAGCAAGAUUUACUUUGGAUUGGACCAAAUAAUACUUGGGUAUCCCCAGAAUGUUGAUUAGUGGCAAACUGGGGUAUAACCGCCACCACCAUUUUCUGGGUAAUGGGGAUGCCACUUUAAUUGCAACGGCUAAGACUUAUUUUCUGAGUGUAUGUGUAUGUUUGCUUGAUUUAAUAUUUGUUUAGUUUGGGUCUUUUGUUUUACUUUGUCCAGUUUUGUCUUUGGCUAUGUUUAUUGGCUCUUUGGAUUUUGGAUUUUUGUUUUAAUGCUCUUGGCCCAGUGGAUGUAAAGAACACUGGCUUCAUUCUAGUAAGUUGACUUUUACUAUUAAAACUAAGUUGUUAAAAGAGUUUUUUUUUUUUUUUUUUUUUUUUUGUUAAAAGAGUUUUAAAAACAAAAACAUUUGUGCCCCCCUUCUUAUACAUUAAAGGGACACUUUUGAGGAUAUGAUUUUGAGAAUUUUGUGUUUUACGAAAUUUCUGUUCAGAUAUAGUAUCUUUUAACUUCUAGUUUUCAGUUCAUUCUUUAUUAUUAGACUUAUUUCUUGUUUUAUUUUCCUUGCACAUUUGUUUCCAAAAAGCACAGUCUCUACAGAGUCCCAAGGCACAAUCAGUAAGGACUUGGUCCAAGUCAGUAAGGACUUGGUCCUUUCACAACUUGUAUCCAUGUAACGGUACAUGUAACUGCAUUCUUGUACCUCUGUGAAAAGGAUUAGUUUUUAUAGUCUUUCUGGGUGGGGGGUUGCCUGAGUAACUAAACUAUUUGGCAGUAUUUGACAGUGUCCUCAACACAGUUAUCCGGGUAUUUCUGCCUUGCCAUCUCUGAAUCUGUUGGAAGAUGGGGGAACAGGGAGCAUGUUAACAUCACUGCAUUGAGUUUUUUUGUUAACAUGUAAAAAACAAAACAAAACUGCAAUAUUUUUAAAAUUUUACGUAUUUAGUCUUAUUUCAUUGUAAACCAUGUAUCUAAUUAUAUACAUUACUCUGUUCAGAUAUGAUGGUUACUACCUUCUUUUUUUUUUUUUUUUCAGUUUUCAUUUCACAACCAAGCAUCUCUAUAACUUCCCCCCAGCCAGCAAUAUUUAACACUCCCUUACUGUCUUUGAUUGAACUUCUUUUAUCAGGAUAUCAAGUAUUUGUCUUUUUAGUAUCACCAUAUUUCUCAUUUCUGUUAAUACUUGUAUGAAUCCCUCAAGUAUUGAAGGGAACUAGCUUUCAUUUUCAAGGAUUUCAGGUUUGAGAGUCCUAGUAUUCAGUGUCAGUUAAAUCUUUAAACUCUUCUGUCUGUUACAGUUCUACUUGUUUCUGUUGGCCACUUCUGUCAUUAGAGGUGGUUGUCAUUAGACCUUACUUAAGUUAGCUGUCUCUGACAGAUAAUUACCAUUAUUGGUUCCUGAAUAAAAUAUUAGCUGUUAAGACAGAAGGGAACCUCAGAACUUCUUAGUGUUUUGUUUUGUUUUCUAAACAGAAUAGGGAACUGUUUGGAUAUGAGUUUUUAACAUAAUUUUCUAUAAAUUCUUCUACAAAACAGCAUAGCUGAUUUGAGGAUGUAAUAAGGUUUUAAAUUAUUUAAAAAUGUGAGUGGGUAUGCUCUCAUUUGGUAAAACACUGCAUUUAAGAAUUCUUUAAAAAGUAAUUUCCUAAAAUAAAAAAAAAUGUCCAAAUUAGGUAUAUUGCUGAGCUCAAAUUAAUUUGAAGUGCCCUGGCUAAAGCUGAACUUUAAAUAUUUAAAUUUAGUUGUGAGAAGUGUGAAAUAUUCUUGACUGUUGAUAAUGGAAACCCAUGACAUACUUAGCCAAAGAAUAUAUUUGGUUCAGGUAAAGAUAUAAACCUAAUACUGAGUAUCCAUUCUUUUUUUUUUUUUUUUAAAGAGGAUGGAUGAAAUCAUGUUUCUGGCCUAUAGCUCUACUUUGGAAAGACUGGAAUAUUGUAUGACAGCUUCAGUGGUGAUUGGGAGGUACAGCUGGUACAUUAGACUCCCUGAGACUCACACCAAAAAACAUCUUCUUUCACCUCACCCACUGGGGUUUGCUUUCACUUACUUAUUCCAGGCCUUCCCACCAGUGGAGAGAUUUUUUUUUUUUUCUUUUCAGUCUAUAUUCUUAGGCCUCUUAGCUAUUAGGAGCUAUCAAAUGUGUACUAAUAGCUAUUUUCCUAGCCUGAAAUUAAAAAUACUGCAUCCGCACUAUGUACCUGAUGGGGAUCUGACCUCAAGUGUGUUCUGAGCCCAGGCUUCCUGGUGUGGUGUCUUUGUUACCACAUAAAAUUAUGACAAAUUGCAAAUACUGGUAUUGUGAUUUGGUUCUCUGUACAAAGAAAGAAGCUCCAUGCAGUGAGUUUGUGGUUUAAUGGUCACAAAAUGUUAGCACUGCUACCAUUCAGCACGUGUAAAAUUUUUUAAAUUUAUAAAUAUUAAAAUUUUAAACUUACACUGACUUUUCAGUUUUUUUUAAGAGACCCAGGGAUGAGUAUACUGUUUAAAUAUUUACCUCUAUUAACAUUACUAAUAAAGGUAUAAAAUUGCAUUUAAUUUUUCAAAAGAUGCUACAGUAUGAUUUUAGGAAAUAAAUCAAGGCUAUGUAUUGAGCCAGUUACAAGCUGAAUAUCACAUUGAUAAAAUUUUAUUUGUAUUUUUUAAAUCCAUAAAUGGGACUUAAAUGUGUCUUUUCACUAAAUAUUUUUAUUACA